AAGAAUGUUCUGGAAUAAAAAAUAAAGCCUUACCGUUUCAUAACAGGAAAUUGAAAUCAGAGUUAUACAUGGAAUUAUAACAGAGUUAUAUAUGGAAUUAUAUUACUUCACGUACAAGAUGCUGUUAUUAUAAAUAGGUAUUGAAUUGAAGGUAUACUAAGAUGACUAAUCAAGCUGAAUCUUCUUCUUCUUCGAAGGGAACGAAGAAGGAUUUCAGUACUGCAAUUCUUGAACGAAAGAAAGCAGCAAAUCGGCUUAUCGUUGAUGAAUCAAUCGAAAUCGAAGAUGAUAAUUCCAUGGUUUCCAUACAUCCUGCAACAAUGGAAAAGUUGCAGCUUUUCCGUGGCGACACCAUCAUGCUCAAGGGAAAGAAAAUGAAAGAUACGAUUUGUAUCGUUAUAACCGAUGAUACAUGUGAGGAACCGAAGAUCAGAUUAAACAAAGUUGUUCGAUCAAAUCUUAGGGUUAGAUUAGGUGAUAUUGUUUCAGUUCAUCAAUGCCCCGAUGUGAGAUACGGAACGCGCGUUCACGUACUGCCUGUAGAAGACACCACUGAAGGUCUUACUGGGAACCUCUUCGAUGCAUAUCUAAGACCUUAUUUCCUGGAAGCAUAUCGUCCAGUUAGGAAAGGCGACAUGUUCCUUGUCAGAGGAGGAAUGAGAAGCGUAGAGUUCAAGGUCGUUGAGACUGAUCCUCCAGAGUAUUGCAUAGUUGCUCCUGAUACUGAGAUUUUCUGUGAAGGGGAGCCCAUUAGAAGAGAAGAUGAAGAUAGAUUGGAUGAAGUUGGGUAUGAUGAUGUUGGUGGUGUGCGAAAGCAGAUGGCUCAGAUCAGAGAGUUGGUGGAGCUUCCACUUCGGCAUCCACAGCUUUUUAAAUCAAUUGGUGUUAAGCCGCCAAAAGGGAUUUUGCUUUAUGGACCUCCUGGAACUGGUAAGACAUUGAUUGCCAGAGCUGUUGCAAAUGAAACCGGUGCUUUUUUCUUCCUUAUUAAUGGACCAGAAAUUAUGUCUAAGUUGGCUGGGGAGAGUGAAAGUAACCUUAGGAAGGCAUUCGAGGAAGCCGAGAAGAAUGCGCCAUCGAUUAUUUUCAUUGAUGAGAUAGAUUCAAUUGCUCCAAAAAGAGAGAAGACGAAUGGUGAAGUUGAGAGGAGGAUUGUUUCUCAGCUGCUGACACUUAUGGAUGGAUUAAAGUCUCGUGCUCAUGUUAUCGUUAUGGGGGCAACAAACAGACCAAACAGCAUUGAUCCAGCUUUGAGGAGGUUCGGAAGGUUUGAUAGGGAAAUCGAUAUUGGUGUUCCUGAUGAAGUUGGACGUCUUGAGGUUCUUAGAAUCCAUACAAAGAACAUGAAGCUUGCUGAAGAUGUAGAAUUAGAAAGGAUUUCAAAGGAUACUCAUGGGUAUGUUGGUGCUGAUCUCGCAGCUCUGUGUACUGAAGCUGCACUUCAAUGCAUUAGAGAAAAGAUGGAUGUCAUCGACUUGGAAGAUGAAACAAUUGAUGCUGAAAUACUCAACUCCAUGUUUAUUACCAAUGAGCACCUCCGCACUUCUUUAGGAGCAAGCAAUCCUUCUGCAUUGCGUGAAACAACUGUUGAAGUACCCAACGUCACUUGGGAGGAUAUUGGUGGGCUUGAUACUGUUAAGAAGGAGCUUCAAGAGACUGUGCAAUACCCGGUGGAGCAUCCUGAAAAGUUCGAGAAGUUUGGCAUGUCGCCUUCAAAGGGAGUUCUGUUAUAUGGUCCUCCUGGUGGUGGGAAAACACUUCUGGCAAAGGCCAUUGCAAACGAGUGCCAAGCUAAUUUCAUCAGUGUCAAGGGCCCUGAGUUGCUGACAAUGUGGUUUGGAGAGAGUGAAGCUAAUGUUAGGGAAAUUUUUGACAAAGCCCGACAAUCUUCACCUUGUGUCCUCUUCUUUGAUGAACUUGACUCUAUAGCAACUCAGAGAGGAAGUAGCGUUGGAGAUGCUGGCGGUGCUGCUGAUAGGGUUUUGAACCAACUUCUAACUGAAAUGGAUGGAAUGAAUGAAAAGAAGAGAGUGUUUAUAAUCGGUGCCACGAACAGGCCAGAUAUAAUUGAUCCUGCAUUGCUGAGACCAGGCCGUCUCGAUCAGUUGAUCUACAUCCCAUUGCCAGAUGAAGCUUCUCGGGUUCAGAUCUUCAAGUCCUGCCUUAGGAAAUCACCUGUGUCCCAACAUGUUGACUUGCAGGUCCUUGCUAAGCACACUGAAGGCUUUAGUGGAGCUGACAUUACAGAAAUUUGCCAGCGUGCCUGCAAGUACGCAAUUAGAGAAGAUAUCGAGAAGGAUAUUGAGAGGCAGAAGAAGAGCAACGACAAUCCAGAGGCAAUGGAGGAGGACGGGGUUGAGAAUGAAGUCCCCCAAAUCACGGCAGCUCACUUCGAGGAGUCGAUGAAAUAUGCAAGGAGGAGCGUGAGCCACGGAGACAUACGCAAGUACCAGGCCUUUUCACAGACCUUGCAACAAUCAAGGGGAUUCGGAGGUGACUUUAGGUUCGCUAAUACAUCAUCAUCUGGAGGCACCACUGCUGCUGAACCAUUUUCUGCUGCUCCUCCUGCUGAGGAGGAGGAUGACUUAUACAGUUAG